AUGUUAGCAAGUAGAGUUAUAAGGGGUAUAAAUAAUUUACGUAUUUCUCGUGUGAACCUUUCUUCUGCGGCACUUCCAAAGGAAGAUAAAAUCAAACUCGGAAAAUAUGAAAUUAACUACCUUAAGGUAGGAAAUGGUCCACACAAUGUCUUCUGUGCUCCCGGGGCUUUGGGUACGAUCUGGUCGGAAUUUAAACCGCAGGUGGAAGGAUUGAAUAAAGACAAAUUUAGUUUAAUUGUUUGGGACCCACCGGGCUAUGGAAAAAGUUGUCCACCCGAAAAGGAAUUUACAGUUGAUUUCCUUGAAAGAGAUGCCGAUCUCGCAUAUGAAUUAAUGAAGACAUUAAAUGUACCAAAAUUCUCUCUAAUGGGAUUCAGUGACGGAGGCAUCACCAGUCUUAUUCUGGCCGCCAAGUAUCCAGACGCAGUUUCCAAACUGGUUGUGUGGGGAGCUAACUCAUUUAUACUGCCAAAGGAGCUCGAAGCAUACAAAAAAAUCCGAGAUGUUACUAAUUGGUCACAACGUCAAAGAGAAGUUAUGAUAGCUAUUUAUGGAGAAGAAAAGUUUACCAAAUACUGGGCAGCAUGGGUCGAUGCUAUGGAAAGAAUAUACAACACUAAGAACGGAGACAUUUGUUCGGAAUAUGUAAAAGAUAUUGUCUGUCCUACAUUCAUUUUGUAUGGAGAGAAGGACCCUUUGGUGGACCACGUUCAUGUUUCACAUUUACAUACUAACAUAACCGGCUCCAGAAUUCAUUUAUAUCCUGAGGGGAAACACAAUAUACAUAUGAGAUACGCAGAAGACUUCAAUAAGAGGGUACAAGAGUUUUUAUUACUACCAUAA